AUUUGGAGUCGUGGAGAAAUCAGUCUUGCCACCAUGGGAGAACGGACGGAUUAUACGAAGUCGCAUAGUUCAGUGGCUGACUACAGCCCCGUCAAUAAAUCAGACAGGACAGAUCCAAGUGACAACUUGGAAAUGAAGGAUGGAAACCAAAACACAAUGCAACUGAAGAAAGAAAUAUCUUUGAUAAAUGGGAUAAGCCUGAUAGUAGGCAACAUGAUUGGUUCAGGUAUCUUUGUCUCUCCCAAAGGAGUUCUCAUCUACAGCAAAUCUUAUGGAUUGUCGCUAAUAAUUUGGGCAAUUGGAGGGAUUUUUUCAGUCUUUGGAGCUCUCUGCUAUGCUGAACUUGGUACCACUAUUAAGAAGUCAGGAGCCAGCUACGCAUAUAUCUUGGAGUCUUUUGGGGGCUUCAUUGCUUUUAUUCGUUUGUGGACCUCACUCCUAAUUGUUGAGCCAACUAGUCAGGCAAUUAUUGCCAUCACCUUUGCUAACUACAUAAUUCAACCUUUCUUCCCUUCUUGUGAUCCUCCAUAUUUGGCUUGCCGUCUCAUAGCAGCUGCUUGUGAAUGUCUUCUAACAUUUAUAAAUUGUGCCUACGUUAAAUGGGGAACACGGGUGCAGGAUAUAUUUACUUAUGCUAAAGUCAUUGCUCUUAUUGCCAUCAUUAUAACUGGACUUGUUAAAAUAUGCCAGGGAUAUUCAUCGCACUUUGAGAAUUCUUUUGUGGGAUCCUCUUUUUAUAUUGGAGACAUUUCCCUCGCACUCUAUUCUGCCUUGUUUUCUUACUCUGGCUGGGAUACGCUCAAUUUUGUAACCGAAGAGAUCCAAAACCCGGAAAGGAACUUGCCACUGGCUAUUGCAGUGUCUAUGCCAAUUGUGACUAUUAUCUAUAUUAUGACCAAUGUAGCUUACUAUACAGUGCUGGAUAUUCAAGCCCUUCUUUCUAGUGAUGCUGUGGCAGUGACGUUUGCUGACCAGGUAUUUGGUAUCUUCAGCUGGACCAUUCCCAUUGCUGUUGCCUUUUCUUGUUUUGGUGGACUCAAUGCUUCGAUUCUGGCAGCAUCGAGGCUGUUUUUUGUAGGAUCUCGAGAAGGUCACCUUCCUGAUCUGUUGUCUAUGAUCCACAUAAAGAGGUUCACACCUGUGCCAGCACUGCUUUUCAAUUGUGCUAUGACCCUUAUUUACCUGGCUGUGGAAGAUGUCUUCCAGCUUAUUAAUUACUUCAGUUUCAGUUACUGGUUUUUUGUUGGUCUGUCUGUUGCUGGGCAAUUAUAUCUACGUUGGAAGGAACCAGACAGACCCAGGCCUCUGAAGCUGAGUGUGGCUUUCCCAAUAAUAUUCUGUAUAUGCACAGUAUUUCUGGUGGUAGUGCCACUCUAUAGUGACACUAUAAAUUCAUUGAUUGGAAUUGCCAUUGCUUUGUCUGGAAUUCCGUUCUUUUUCUUGGGAGUCUACUUACCUCCAACAAGGAGACCUCAGUUUAUCAACAAGAUUUUAGGUGCAGUCACACGAAACAUGCAGCUGCUCUGUUGCUGUGUUUUAACCGAGAUGGACCCAAAUGAAGAAAAGAAGUCAGAAGUAAAAUCUGACUGA